AUGUCUAGUAAUUCAAUCAUUAGAGCAUCUUUGGAAUUAGCUAAGGCUUGGAACUUUGAUAAAAGAGAUGCUAUUCUUUUGUCUAAAGAGCUUGUCAAUUAUCAAAAUGGUGAUGCACCUUUUGAUUACAAAAAAAUUAAAGAUAUCAAUCUUAGAACUUUCUGGGCACAGUUUUCUGGAGCUAUCCAAAUCACUAAAAAAAAAACUAAAAAUCAAAUUUCAUCCACAAAUCUUACAAAUGCAAUGAAUACUGAAAAUCUUAACAUUGAUCUUUUGUUUAAAGACGAAACAUUUGAGGAACCUUUAGAAUUUGAUGUUGAAGCGGUAAAUGUUGCUAUGGAUGAUAAGAAGCUAGCAAUGGAAGAGUUCUUUGAUGUUAGUACUUUCAUGCAAGAUCAAGAAAUCAUCGACGAAGAUUCAAAUUCAAUGACUCAUAUUCAAAAGUCUAGUAGCACUAAGGAUUGGACAAUUGAUGACAUAUUUUUUUAA